GUAAUCAAAAUUGGCUAUAUUGUAGUAGUCUCCCCUUAUACAUUACCUUCACAGAUCAAGAAACUAAUUUACAGUACCGAUGCCCUUUGCAGAAGUAUCAACAUCGACUUUUCUCACAAAUUUAUCAUAGCUUUUGACGACGAUUACGAAGAACAAGAGAGUGUUGAUCUAAGAGACAUGGAAAUCAAGAUGCGAAACGAAUUAGAAAACAGCGUGAAGCAAUACCAAGAGCAAUUAAAAGUAGUGAACUUUGAGAUUCCAGCAAACGAGGCGGAAACGGAUAACUAUAUCAAUGACAGAAAGGGAAGCAUUCCGAAAAUGUUAGGCGUGGCAGUCCCAGAGACAACACAAAAUACCAAUCUUUUAUUAAAUACGCCACUCCCACCAUCAGACGCCAGAGCACACCCUCGUCCUAAAAGAAGUGCUGAAAAUCCUGGUUUUGAGGUACUGUGA